AUGCAUCGAAACACGCCCGGGCUCAUGCCAGCGAUGCCAGGCCAGCAAUCUCAGCUGCCACUUCGAAAAGUGGAGAGGAUUCCUUCAUCAGACAGCGAGACUUCGACACCUCGACCUGUUGUAGUUCAGGAUGAAAUCUUGGACGGACCCGAGGAAAACAUCACGAUUGAUAACCGUAUGUUACAUUCCUGUCCAUGCUGGCAACCUCUGCUUACCCAUCAAGAUCCGACAGAAAGUAUACUCUGGCCUAGCUUUCUUUCUAAGUUGAAGCAAGCUUUCUUCGUGGACUCUGUGCCCAAUCCCGAAGAACAGGAAGCCGUCGUUACGCACGCGCAAACCGCCCAUACCAACCGCCUUUCGGACAGCGAGUAUGCACGCUUGAAAUCCGUAGUUGACUCUUUUCCCCCACGACCUGUGGCCGACUUUUUGGUGUCAGUGUGUAUCAGACAUGGUGUUGACAUAUUCUUCUACUUUGAUCAAGCUCAAAUCAUAGAUGAGAUUGCCCAGUUCUACACCAACAGCUCGUCACCACUUCGAACCGAUCCAAGCUUUAUAUGCCUAGCACUCGGACUAUUCGCUCUGGGAAGUAACUGGACACCUCUCGAGAGGCCGAUCGACUCUCCAUUGCCUCACGGCGACGACAGUGAUCUCGGCCGAGUCUUUUUUAGACAAGCCAAGCUUUUGAUACCCGAUGUGAUCGAAAGGACGGACUUGAAAGCGAUUCAAGCUUGCUUUCUUCUUGGUAUAUAUCUCAUGCCUCUAAAUGCCGCCGGUUCCUCCUAUGUCUACAUGGGUAUGGCGUUGCGAAAGGCAUUAGCUUUUGAUCUGCAUCAGAGCCCGGAUGAUCAGACAAUUGAUGACCGGGAGAAGGAGAUUCGGUGCCGGCUCUGGUGGUCAAUAUAUUCACUCGAACGCUGCACAACUCUAAAGUUAAAUCGUCCUCGAUCUGUCCCCGCAACCAUCAUAGGAAUACCAUUGCCUUCUCCGAUGCCGUCUCUCGACAGGGACCAGAAAUUCGAAAAUCUCGAGCUCCAGAUAGCCUAUGCGCGCCUAAUGCUGAUCCUCGAUGGUUACUCAGACUCAACUAGUUGGCUUACAAACUCCUCGACACCAACCGAUUCAAACAAAAUCCAAGCUGAACUAAGGAGCUGGAAACGGUCUUUACCAGAAGAAUUUGACUUGGAGGAUACCGAUCCACGCAGCUCAAGAUACCGAGCAAUUUUUCAUCUCUAUCUUAAUUAUUACUAUGCUUGGAUCGUUAUUGGAAAGGCCUCUCUAAUCAUGACAGUAAGGACAGAUCUUCAACGUCACCUUAGUCGAGGUUCUGAGCCCCGUCCAGUCGAUCAGACUGCCAAGAAUCUGUCCGCUUCCUGCACUAGAGCAGCCAAAAAGCUACUCCAGUUAUUCGAGAAACUCGUUCAAUCCGGAAACUCUGCUCGAUUCUCAUUUACCGACUUUCAAGGGUGCAGCAUUGCAACUAUCAUUACUCUUAUUUCAGGCAUCCUUCAGCGUGACUCUACGUACGAUACCAGGGUGAAUUUUGGCCUCAACUGUCUACGGCAGAUGGUGAAUGGGAACCCAGCCGCCACAGUAGGCGUUAAAUUCGUGGAAACACUGCAGUCCAUUUCUGACCAAUCGGCUCGAAAACUGCGCCAGUCGGGCACUUUCACUGAUACACAUGAGCGGGAAGAGGCAACGUCGCCCUCAGCGUACAACAACUGGGCAGACUGGCUUGCGGCACAGGAGCCGUCGUUCAAUCAAGCAUACUCGGUACCGGCAAGGGAGACAACUUCUGGGAAUGAACCAGUAGGAGGAACACCGUCGUUAUGGCCAGUCUCGAUCACCCUCGCAGAGAGCUGGAGUGGAGACUUACAUCCAGGGGAUGCGGCUUCCUCUACACAGAGACCAUCGAUAUCAAUGCCUAGCGGGAUGUCAGCGUUGGAUGUAUUGGGUAGUGACCAUCCUUCGACUCUGUAUCAUGAUGACCAGAAUUUCCUGAUGGGCCUCACUGGCUUAGACGUUCUGGACUUUGCUGGGUACUCAUCGUAA